AUGGCAGCUUUCAGAUUGGAGAGGUCAGCCACGCAGGAGCUGCACGUGAUUGAAUGGAUCCCUCAAGUAGCUUUGGACAAGACCCAAAUCAAUGCCGUACUACAGCACUUGACUGAGAAUUUCACAGAAGGAAAGAACCAUACUAACUCCACCAGAGCCUUGACAUUUCCAGAUGGGACAAGUGCCACUUGGUAUAUCCUCACCAUCUUUGGUAUAUAUGGCAUCAUAUUCUUCUUUUUGUUGGCCAGCAAUAUCCUCCAGAAUGAAAAGCGCUUGGAAGAUAUUUAUCAUCCAAAUCUCACAGUCAAGCUGAAAAAAAAAAGCUCCAAGAUAAAAGCACCAAAAACAGCUCAUUAA